GCCGCCCGGUCGUUCAUGACAGGGGAUCUGUUGUCCGGUAGCAACGCACAAAUAAACAGGCCUGUUAACCAUAUGGUGAAACACAAGCCGUAUACUCAUUCGGGGCAAAAAUGACUUGCACACACCCUGGCCUUUAACCGAAGAAUCGAAUCCUCAACGCGUGUUUACGUGCAGACGUCACAGCGCGCGCUCGAAAGCAACCUGACGGUCCCCUCUCCUCUCAAAACGCCGAUACUGAGGGGAAUAAAGACAGAAGGCAUGAAACUGACCGGAGCUGAGAGCAUUCUUUGCGACUGUGAGAGACUUGCACAGGGGAGAUAAGGAAUGCAAGUGACUGAUCCGGGAGGGAUCACUGAAUGGUCAUCAUGAAAGCAGGCAGUUCAAGGUGCGCAUUCUCCCUGGGCUUCCUGGUGGGCAGCUGUAGCUUGUACGUCUUCCUGAGGCAGGUUUGGUUUGAGGAGAGCUUCAGCUGGCAGAGCAAUGGCAAGAGCAGCCUGUCUCCUCCAAUAAGCCAAGAGCAAAACACCUCCAACCUUACCUGGAGAGUUGAAGGAUCUGCCCUGAUCAACCUCAAGCAUCCUAACCAGCCAGGAGAGAACGGUCACAUUGCUGAUGAGCUGUUCAGGAAAGUGCGAAUCCUGUGCUGGGUGAUGACCGGACCCAGUAACCUCCAGUCAAAAGCUCAGCACGUAAAGAACACAUGGAGUCGCCACUGUAACGUAGUGCUGUUUAUGAGCUCAGAAGAAGACCGCAGUUUCCCCACGGUGGGCCUCGGCACAGGUGAAGGCCGAGACCAGCUGUACUGGAAGACCAUUCGUGCCUUCCACUAUGCCCUGAAGAACCACGGCCAUGAGGCAGACUGGUUCCUCAAAGCAGACGAUGAUACUUUUGUCAUUGUGGACAAUUUGCGAUGGAUCCUAUCGAACUACACACCGGAGCAGCCUAUAUAUUUUGGCAAGCGGUUUAAGCCGUACACCAAGCAGGGCUACAUGAGCGGUGGUGCAGGGUAUGUGCUCAGUAAAGAGGCUCUGAGAAGGUUUGUGGAGGGGUUUAGCACUAAAGUGUGCACUCAUACCACACCGGUGGAGGAUUUGGCAAUGGGGCAGUGUCUGGAGAAAAUGGGGGUGCUGGCUGGAGACUCAAGGGACUCGCUGCAUAGAGAAACCUUUCAUCCUUUUAUUCCUGAGCAUCAUCUUACUGGAAAGUUCUCCAAGACCUUCUGGUACUGGAAUUAUUGCUUUUACCCAAUUGUGGAAGGUCCUCAGUGCUGCUCUGAUCUAGCAGUGUCUUUCCACUACGUAGAUCCUGUGCUCAUGUACACCCUUGAAUACUACACUUACCAUCUGAGGCCAUUCGGCUACCAGCACCGCUACCAGCCUCCAGUGCCUGCUGUCCUUUCUUCACCGUCCCAAACUGUGAAAACCACCACAGAAACUCAGAGAUCAGAGGAGGGCGCUAAAGAAAAAACUGCUUCAACAAACACAGUAAAUCCCAGAGCAGAAGAAGUAAAGACGACUGAAACAAGUCACAAAGUCACAAAUGCUGCCCAGGAGAGAAACACAACCUACAGAGGUGCAGCGUGAUUGUGUUUCUUUGUGAAUGGAGUGUUCUGUAAAUCUGAAAUGAAGGGACUGACUAAUGUGAAUGGUAAACUUGUGUAGCAUUUUCUGUGUACCUAGCAUGUGAUGUAUUGGGUACAGAUUUCAGCUGAUUACCAAAAGGUAAAGUGUCCUCCACUAACAUUGGAAACCUUGGUUAACAUGAGCAAAGAUGGCAAUGAAAACAUGCCUUUAUUGUGUAACUAUUUGAUCUUUUCAAUUAACCUUGUGUUUUUUUAGAUUUUUCAACAUUAAGACAUAAAAAACAUUAAAAACCACAACACAAUUUAAUCAAAGACAAAUAUCUUUGGUAAAUUUAUGUGUAUGACAAUUAUUGCCAGCAAUUAUUGAAGUAUAUUCCCAUUGAUAUCUUUUUAUUGCACCUGCACUGUAAAAAGCGAUUAAUUACUUUAAAAAAAGUGUGCAAACCUUUUGCGUUAAACGCUUUAAAGGGGAACCUAGGAUGAAAAUCAUCUUUUAUAAGCAGUUUCGACAGAACUGUGUGUAUAGUGUGUCCAAAGUCACAUUGGGGUGACAUAAACACAAUAAGUCUCUUUUUUUUUUUUUUUUUUUUCCUGAUGUCAAAAUAAGAUCCAAAUCCCACCUAUUUUGAGGCCCACCGCAACGUGGCGUAGGAGUGCCGUUUUUCCCACCCACCGAAUUGAUUGACAGUCGCGUAUUAACAUGUCUCAAUAGAAACGCAUAUAAUCAUAUCUACAAGACAGGUGUGCAAAGCAACUGGGAUUAAAAGAUCUGUUCAGCUCUCUGUGAUCAUCAAUAGUCAUCAAAUGUGAUCAAAAAUGAGUUUAAAAAUAUAUGUAAUAUAGUUAGUUAAAGACUGUAAACUCACUGUAAUUCAUCACCACAGCCGCAUGUCAGUACAAUUAUGAAAGAAGACGUUUUAAUCCCAGUUGUGGACGUUAAAUCAGGUUUAUUUCGUGCUUUAACAUAACAGAUAUUAAUACAGCAGUGGAUAUUAACAUGUAUUCUGUGUUUGUGUGUGGGUGAACUUUUUAACAAAAUUGUGUGUGACUUCUUGUUGAGGAAAGGCUUGAAUUAACUCCUCAACAACUACAUUAAAUAAUCAUCUGGAAAGUUCUUACUGCAGUAUUUCUCACAAACGUUACGUGAGAUCCGCUUCCUUCAUGUCUGUCAUUGUGCUGUUUAUCUGACAUAGCCGAGACGGAGAUUGAGGUACACUCUGAGAAACGUGUGGAAACGUUGGGUGGGGAAAACUAGCAUUAAAGGCACAGACAACAAAACAGCUACAUUGUGUUCAGAGCAGAAAAUUCCAAUAUACUGAAAGGUUUAAUAAAUAAUCUGAUGGGUGUUUUAAGCUGAAACUUUACAGACACAUUCUUGAGACACAAAAGUAUUAUUUUAAAUCUUGAA